AGGAGGAGAGAGAGGGGGGGGGGAGAGAGAGAGAGCAGAUCUUUCCACCCACCUAGUGGGGUGAUCCAAGCUGGCAGGGCUGCAGUCAUAAACAGCACUGUCUGACGGAUUUAUUCUCAGAGAGAAGAGGACUGCAGCAGGAGCUGGAGAGCUGGAGCAGACUGAACCUGAGCAACACACAGACACCCGGACAGACACGCCGCUGCACUGCGCUGCCUGAAGAGGAUUUACUGCUGAGCCGCGCGGGAGAGGAAAGGAGCAACCGGAGUGUGGAUGGAUGCCUUCUGUAGCCUCAGUGGGCUGGACCCACUAUGGGACUGGAACCGGACCUGGUACACUCCCAACCCGGACCUGACCCAGUGCUUCCAGAACACGGUGCUGGUGUGGGUCCCCUGUGUCUACCUCUGGGUCUGCGCGCCCUUCUACUGCCUCUACCUGCACUGCUACGACCGCGGGUACAUUCGCGUCUCCUGCCUCUGCUGUGCCAAGAUGGUCCUGGGGUUCCUCUUGGCCUCCUUCGGCUUUGUGGAGUUCUUCUACAUCCUGCUGGAGAGGAACCGAGAGAUCCAGCAGCACCUGGUGUUCCUGCUCAGCCCCGUCAUCCGCAGCCUCACUGUGGUGCUGGCGGUCUUAAUUAUCCAAUUUGAGCGGGUCAGGGGCAGCCGCUCCUCGGCCUUCCUGUUCCUGUUCUGGCUGCUGGCCGUGGUGUGCUCCCUGGUGCCGCUGAGAGCCAAGAUCCAGCUGGCCAUCGACGAGGGUUUCUCUGCAGAUGCUGUGCGCUACCUGGCCUUCUUCUCAUACUUCACUCUGCAGCUGGCCCAGCUGUUUCUCUCCUGCUUCUCCGACCAGCCUCCUUACACCCGUCGGCCUGUCAAAGUCCCGAACCCUUGCCCCGUGCAAGAUGCCUCCUUCUUAUCCAAGAUCCUCUUCUGGUGGUUCAGUGGGCUGGUGGUGAAAGGUUACCGCAAGCCACUGAAGGCCGAGGACCUGUGGUCACUGCGGGAGGAGGACAGGUCUGACAGGAUCAUCUCUGACCUGGAGAGGGAGUGGACAGCCCAGUGCACCAAGCUGCAACAGCAGGAGAAGUCCCUCAGUGCCCUGCCCGGCUCCAAGCUCACAGAACAGGCCCAGCUUCUCCGCAAGCUGCACCGGGAGCAGAGCUCCGGGUUCUCCCUGCUCCGAACACUCGCCCGCUCCUUCGGACCCUACUUCCUGACUGGCACCCUGUGCCUCAUAGUGCACGACGCCUUCAUGUUCUCCAUCCCUCAGGUGCUCAGUUUCCUGCUAGGUUUCAUGCGGGAUAAGGACGCCCCCCUGUGGAAGGGCUAUUUCUAUGCAGCCUUGAUGUUCCUCCUGUCCUGCCUGCAGUCUCUCUUCAAUCACCAGUACAUGUACUCCUGCUUCACCGUGGGCAUGAGGGUCAAAACAGCCGUCAUGGGCCUGGUGUACAGAAAGUCCCUGGUCAUCAACAGCGCUGCGCGCAGGACCUGCACGGUGGGAGAGAUCGUGAACUUGGUGUCAGCAGACACUCAGAAGCUCAUGGACUUUGUGGUGUACUUCAACGCGGUGUGGUUGGCGCCCAUCGAGAUCGGCCUUUGUCUCUUCUUCCUGUGGCAGCACUUGGGUCCUUCGGCCUUGGCUGGGAUAGCUACCGUCAUCCUCAUCUUUCCCCUGAACGGAUUCAUCGCCAAGCAGAGGAGCAAACUCCAGGAGGUGCAGAUGAAGCACAUGGAUGGGAGGAUCAAGCUGAUGAACGAGAUUCUGAACGGCAUCAAGAUCAUCAAGUUCUACGCCUGGGAGAAGGCCUUCCUGGAGAGGGUGCUGGGCUACAGGCAGAAGGAGCUCAAGGCCCUGAAGAAAUCCCAGAUUCUCUACUCCAUCUCCAUUGCGUCCUUCAACUCAUCCACAUUCCUGAUUGCGUUCGCCAUGUUCGGGGUGUACGUGCUGAUAGACGAGAAGAACGUGCUCGACGCCCAGAAGGUCUUCGUGUCCAUGGCCCUGAUCAACAUCCUGAAGACCCCGCUGAGCCAGCUGCCCUUCGCCAUGAGCACUACCAUGCAGGCUUUCGUUUCUCUGAAGCGCCUGGGCAAGUUCCUCUGUCAAGAAGAGCUGAAAGCUGACAACGUGGAGAGAGCCCCCCUCAGCCCCGGGGGCAGCGUGGUGGUGGAAAACGGGACUUUCAGUUGGACCAGGGAAGGAUCCCCCUGCUUAAGGAGGAUCAAUGUCAGAGUCCCGCAGGGGGCUCUGCUGGCAGUGGUGGGUCAUGUGGGCAGUGGAAAGUCCUCACUGCUGUCAGCAAUCCUGGGGGAGACUGAGAAAAGGAGCGGCCGUGUCUUAGUGAAGGGCUCAGUGGCCUACGUGCCCCAGCAGGCCUGGAUCCAGAAUGCCACUCUGCGGGAGAACGUUAUAUUUGGGCGCGAGAAGAAGGAGGCCUGGUACCAGCGCGUAGUGGAAGCCUGUGCCCUCUUGCCCGACCUGGAGAUCCUGCCUGCAGGGGACGCCACUGAAAUCGGAGAGAAGGGUCUGAACCUGUCAGGGGGGCAGAAGCAGCGGGUCAGCUUGGCGAGGGCUGUGUACAGGAAGGCUGAUGUCUAUCUGCUGGAUGACCCCCUGUCUGCAGUGGACGCCCAUGUGGGACAGCACAUAUUUGACAAAGUCAUUGGACCCAAGGGCCUGCUGAGAGACAAGACACGUGUGCUGGUGACCCAUGGGCUCAGCUUCUUGCCACAGGCUGACCUGAUCUUGGUGCUUUCUGAUGGGGAGAUCACGGAGAUGGGCUCGUACCUGGAGCUGCUGGGCCGCAACGGCGCCUUUGCCGACUUCAUCCGGGUGUUCGCCAGCAGCGACCGCAAAGAAAGUGCCGUGCACAGAGGUCCCAGAAAGUCCUCCUCCAGGCUCAGUGUGACUGACUAUAUGCCCGUUUCCAGAGACCUGUCCCAGGAGCAGCUCAUCAGUGGAGAUACCGGGAGCCCCAGCUUGCAGAAUAUGGAAUCCAGGUCAGACUCAGACCAGGAUGAGACCCCAGAGGAUCCUGGGAAACUGACCGAGGCCGACAGAGCCCGAACUGGCAGAGUGAAGCUGGAGAUGUACAUGGAGUACUUCAAAACCAUUGGUCUGGCCCUGAUCCUGCCCAUCAUCUUCCUGUACGCCUUCCAGCAGGCUGCCUCGCUGACCUACAACUACUGGCUCAGCAUGUGGGCGGAUGAUCCCAUCGUCAACGGCACACAGCUUGACACGGACCUGAAACUGGGCGUGUACGGGGUGCUGGGCUUCGCACAAGGGGUGGCUAUCUUCGGCACGAACGUGGCGAUCUCAGUGGGGGGCAUCAUCGCGUCCCGCCACCUGCACCAGGAGCUCCUGCACAACGUGCUGCGCUCCACCAUGUCGUUCUUCGAGCGCACGCCCAGCGGCAACCUGCUCAACCGCUUCUCCAAGGAGAUCGACGCCAUCGACUGCAUGAUCCCCGACGGGCUGAAGAUGAUGCUGGGCUACUUGUUCAAACUGCUGGAGGUCUGCAUCAUCGUGCUGCUGGCCAUGCCCUUCGCCGCCGUCGUCAUCCUGCCCCUCGCGCUCUUCUACUGCUUCAUCCAGAGCUUCUACGUGGCCACUUCCUGCCAGCUGCGCAGGCUGGAGUCGGUGAGCCGCUCGCCCAUCUACACCCACUUCAACGAGACGGUGCAGGGCGUCAGCGUCAUCCGCGCAUUCAGGGAGCAGCCUCGCUUCAUCUUGCAGGCCAACCACCGCGUGGACUACAACCAGACCUCCUACUUCCCCCGAUUCGUAGCCACCAGGUGGCUGGCUGUGAACCUGGAGUUCCUGGGCAAUGCACUGGUCUUGGCCGCAGCUAUUCUGUCUGUGAUAGGGAAGGGAACGCUCAGUCCUGGAAUCGUCGGUCUGGCAGUAUCCCACUCGCUACAGGUGACGGGAAUCCUCAGCUGGAUCGUGCGCUCCUGGACAGACGUGGAGAACAACAUCGUGUCGGUGGAGCGGGUGAAGGAGUACGUCGAGACCGCCAAAGAGGCAGCCUGGACAGUGGAGAGCAGCCCUGUGCCCCCUGCCUGGCCACAGACAGGCACCAUUGAGUUGCGGGGAUACGGACUGCAGUACCGCAAGGGCCUGGACUGGGCUCUGAAGGGCAUCACAGUGCAGAUCCGGGAGCAGGAGAAGGUUGGGAUAGUUGGGAGAACGGGAGCUGGGAAGUCCUCUCUAGCCCUCGGGAUUUUCCGGAUCUUGGAAGCUGCCAAAGGAGAAAUCUAUAUUGAUGGCGUCAACAUUGCAGAGAUAGGUCUGCACGACCUGAGGUCCCGCAUCACAAUCAUCCCACAGGACCCUGUGCUGUUCUCCGGCUCCCUGCGGAUGAACCUGGACCCCUUUGACAGCUACUCGGACGAGGAGGUGUGGAACGCUCUGGAGCUCGCCCACCUCAAGACCUUCGUGUCGGGGCUGCCGGACAAGCUGAACCACGAGUGUUCGGAGGGGGGAGAGAAUCUCAGCCUGGGGCAGCGCCAGCUGGUGUGCCUGGCCCGGGCUCUCCUCCGGAAGACCAAGGUCCUGGUGCUGGACGAGGCCACGGCCGCGGUGGACCUGGAGACGGACAACCUGAUCCAGUCCACCAUCCGCAGCCAGUUUGAGGAGUGCACGGUGCUGACCAUCGCCCACCGGCUCAACACCAUCAUGGAUUACACCCGGGUGAUUGUGAUGGACCGAGGGCAGAUCACAGAGAUGGACACCCCGUCCAACCUCAUCGCCAGCCGGGGCCAGUUCUACAGAAUGUGCCGGGAGGCGGGGCUGGUGUGACAGCCCCAAGCAGGAGGGGUCCUGAGUGGGGGGGGGGGAACCCCGCUCUCUCUUCACCUCCUGCCUCCCCAGUGAAGACAGGAGAGAGAAGAAAACAGGUCAUCAGAAGCCCGGGGGCAGCUGCUGCUCUUUCAGAGGAACGAAAGAGGAAACAACGAGCAAUAAUGUGAACAAGAACAGCCGAAAGGGCCCUGCACCAGGUGCUGAGACUGUUAUUCCUCCUCUCCGCUGCAGAUCUGCGACGCUCAGGGCUGUAACCAAAAAGGUGGGGGUGAACUGCCGGCUCUCGAGCCCGUCCAGCCUCCCCCUGCCCCAGGCAGAGGCAGGGCCGGGGGACUGAAUGCUGUCACUCUCCACACUGCUGCUUCUGGAGGAAGAGGUCUGGUUACUGGAGGGGGGUUUACUGAUGUAGCACAUGCUGUAAAUAUUUUUCCUAUAACUGGGUGCUGUGCCUCCCCAUAACCAAACCAUCGAGAGAAACCAAAAAAAGGACUGGCCCCCGACAGUCAGUCCUUCGAACGCUGUAGCCCUGUUCGUUUUCAAGUCUGCGACGACGUCGACGCCGACAAUCUCGCGCAAGCAGGACCGCUCGAGGUCCGAUGAGAACCGGCACCGCUGUGGUGGGCACCUUCCACCUCCCCUCGGAAAACCAGGAGCCCGGAAAACGGUCUCUUCGCUGCCGCCCGGCUGCUCACGGCGACGCAGCUUGCGGAGGGCUACUGCAGAGUGUGGGAGGACAGAUCAACAGUGCCAAGGUGCUGGCCACAGAGCUAUUUUGUGGUCUUCAAAAACGUUUACCAGCAACUGAAUGACUGAAACCAAAUUUUCGAAGUUUGCCAGUUGUUUACUCUCAAACCGAAAAGCCAAAGAAGAAGUGGCGAUCAGUGCUGAUUUGUGCGUGCACACGGAGCGCAAUGUCUGUCCCACAGUCACUGGGGCCCCCACAGCCUCCCAACCCCAGUCCAGAUCUCCCCCAGGGGGCUUAACGGCAGCUUCGGAAUCAUUCUCGUUCUCUAUGUAUACUGUUUGACAAAGCGGAUUGGGCUUGUACGAGCUCCAGGAACCACACGCGUAGCUAGAGGAGCAGACGUCAAUAUUAGUUAGGACGUCUGAAACGAGGGGGGGGAAGAAAGCCUUCUUCUGUAAAAAGGAGAUGAACAAUGUCCUCCUUUGCCUUUGGCAUUGAACAAGGGCUUGACAAUUUCUGAGCAGCUCCCUGACAGAAAACCAGUUUGCUGCCGGGGUCUCUCUGUACGUUUAAGCCUUUACAUCGUGCAUGUCUGACUCCAGCAGGUAACAUCAUAUAUAAUGAAAUGUGCCUUUAAGAUUUCAUUGUGCAGAAUAUUUUCUAUAUUGUUACAAUUGUGAUAUUUAUACUUUUGUAUCUUUCAUCUUUUACCGUUAAUAAAUAUUAAGAAAAUA